AUGGCCGCUCUCCAGCCACAAGCGCUCCUCGUCGUCACGGACACGACGCAAGGCAUGGAGUUCGGCAUCGACGCCCACGUCUGGACGCUCGGCGCCAAGUUCGAGGGCCUGCACUCCAUAAGCGAGGGCCUGCACCUGCUCACGUUCGCGCCCGGCGGCGUCGCGGGCCGCGAGGGCGUUUUCAUAGACUGCGUGGCCGGCGGCGUCCACCGGCAGCGCUGGGACGUGCAUAAUGAAUGCCUCGAUGGCGCAAGUGUACUAACGGACGCGCAGCGCGAGAGCCUCGAGGCCGCGGCGCGGGCCGGCGCCCUGACCCUCGCGCCGUAUCCUCAAAACCACGCCCGCGUCUGGGCCGCCGUCGCUUCUAGCAUCGACGUGGCGACAUUACAAAGAUGCAAUUUGAGACUCGACGAGGCGUUCGGGCCCGGUGGUAUUGAUGGAGAACGGGGCGAGAGGGAACCGCGCUGGACGCCGGUCGAUCGCGACGCGAUGCGCCGGCGCCGCGGUGACGUAGAUGCGACGAGCUUCCACGGGCCGGAUGCAUCUUCAAGGCUCGCCGCGACGGCGGCCCCCUCCAUUCUGAUGAAGGAGCUCGCGCUGGCUUUUGUGGUUUUCCUCUCCCUCGGAUCGCUGGAGGCCCUAAAGCAGUGGCAGCGCCUCGUGCGCCUCUUCUGCGCCUGCGACGGCCUCAUGGCCGCCGAGCCGCUGCUUUUCCAGAGACUGGCCUCGCUUCUGACCGCGCAGCUCGCGCUCGCCCCCGAGGACUUCUUCCGCGACGCUUUAGGAAGGGACGAGGACGUCCUGCGGGCGGCGCUGCUGGACUUCUUCGCGAACGCGGCGGACAAGCCCAUGCUCGCGACCGCGGCGGACGGGCUCCUCGCGUUCGCGCAGGAGCGUUUUGGGUUGUGGGCGGGCCACGCGUCCGCGUCCGCGCUCGUGGCGGCGCGGGCGCACGAGACGGGCGACGACGGCGCGCAGGAGAUUGAUUUGCGACGCUUCGUCCGGCCCGGCGAGGACCUCCAGAUGUGCGCCGCGCGGCUGAUCGAGGCGGGCGGCGAGGGCUACGGCGAGGCCGUGGCGUUCCUGGAGGCGCUUGCGGCGUGA